AUGCGCCUCUUCAGGACUCUACCUCUAGCCAUCGCGGGCCUUCUUGCGCCUCACUUCUCCGACGCCUUUCCCUCAUCUAAAGACCAAGAUGCGGCAGCCACGUUUUUGGAUCGUCUGCUCGUCGACACAAAGGGUCUGAAGGAUGCUCUCCCCAAGCAACGGCAGUCUGCUUCUUUGGUUAUAGAUCUGGGCUAUGCAAAGUACGAAGGGUACAACAACGCCACCAGCGGUCUCAAUAUCUGGAAAGGAAUCCGCUACGCAGCUCCACCGACAGGUUCACAGCGCUGGCAACCUCCCCGCCUCCCGUCGUCCAACGACACGGCCGGGGCGGGCGGUGGGGUAACGGCAGCGACCGACUACGGCCCAAUCUGUCCGCAGAACUACCCCGCUGUGCCAGGUCUCCCGUUCAUCCCGGGCGACGAGGACUGUCUCUUCCUAAACGUGUACGCGCCCGCCAAUGCGACGGGGACUUUGCCGGUGCUGGUGUACAUACACGGUGGCGGGUACGGGUACGGUGAUGGGAGGAUUGAUAUGUCGGAGAUUAUUGGGGCGAAUGGGGGUGGGUUUGUGGCUGUUGUUAUUCAGUACCGACUCGGCGCAUUGGGAUUCCUUUCCUCUGCGGACGUCAAGGCCCGCGGAGUCGUGAACGCGGGACUUUUGGACCAGGCUUUUGCUCUAGCCUGGGUGCAGCGCUUCAUCGGCCAGUUUGGCGGGGACCGUGGAAAGGUGACGAUUGCGGGAGAGUCGGCUGGCGCCGGGUCGGUGAUGUAUCAUACUCUCGCCGUGGACGGGAGUCUUGGGACGACGCUCUUCAACAACGGAAUUGCCGCUUCGCCGUAUCUUCCGUUCCACUACGCAUUCGACGCGGCGUUUCCGACGGAACGGUAUCGGGCGUUUGCUGAGAAGGCGGGGUGCUCGUCGUCUAGUGAUGUUCUUGCGUGUCUUCGUGGAAAGGAUAGCAUGACGCUGCAGGUUGCGAGUGCGAAUACCACGUUUGAACAGCCCUAUGGGUUCUGGGCGUUUUACCCCGUGACGGACGGCGUCUACAUCAAGAGCCUCCCGACUGAGCAGAUGGAACAGAAGAGAGGAAACGGAGAGCGUCUUCUCGUCGGUCAUAACGCCAACGAGGGACCCCUCCUCACCCCGCCCAACAUCGUCAGCGUCGCAGACCUGACGUCCUGGCUCAAGCUCGAAUUCCCCAACCUCUCAUCGGACCAGAUUGACGAAAUCCUCGCCGCGAACCCGACGAAGACGGGGGCGAACGACACCCGCUUCGAGACAAAUGGGUUGACGGGGCUUACGGCUCUCGAUGUGAGCCAGUCUGGGACCGGACAGCAGCAAAGAGCAAACAACAUCUACGCCGAGGCAACAUUCGUGUGCCCAAGCUACUGGCUUUCUGACGCCUUCACCUCGCCAAAGUCAUCAUGGCACUACCAGUACUCCGUCCCCUUUGCCUGGCACACGGCCGACAUCCCAGGCUACUUUGGCACCGCGACGCCGAACCAAGGCCCGGACAUCGUCCUCGCCUUCCGUAAGAUCUGGGGAAACUUUAUCAUUGGCAACGACCCAUCCAUCAGCAACGAGAUCGCCAACGAAGCUUCUAGCGCCAACGUAGCUGCUGACAAUGGGGCGAGCCAGUGGCCUGUCUGGACGGCAGAGGCGCCGAAGCAGAUGAAUCUGAACCAGACGGGCGGCGUGCCGUACGAGUUUACGACUUCGUGGGGGGCGCGGGUCACGCAGUUUAUGGCGCCGGGACAGGUGAAUGAUAUCCAGGUUGUCUCUGCUGAUUCGUGGGAGGGCGGACGUGGUGCGAGGUGUGAGUUCUGGAGGCGGUUGGCUCCUAGCAUUCCGGCGUAG